GACACACACUCUCUUCUCUGGAUUUUCCUAUUUGGUUUCUUCUCCACUUCUCUCGUUUUUUUGUUUCUUCUCUCACCGAAUCCCAAUUCUAUCCCCAGCAAAUUUUAUAAGGUUUAGAGCAAAAUUGUGUAAUUUUGCUUGCUGCCACUGAAAAAAUAUCUGGUCUCUCUCUCGGGAAUUUCUCGUGUUUCAACUUUCGAGGUGUUCUCUUUGAUGUUUACGAGGGCGAUUUCGCUCAUUUCUUUUUCCAUUGGAGCCAAAUAAGAAAAGAGGGAGAAAUUUUGGUGAUUUCUAGUAGAUGCGCAGCCUCCGCAAUUCAAGUCUUUAGCAAUUUACAUUAUUUGCGAAAUUAUUCCAAACCUUUUUUAUUGAGGUUGAAAAACUUAUUGAUAUUUUCUCGACAAUUUCUAUCUCCGGCGUUGCCUUUCUUUCCCGCCGUUUUCUGAAAUCUGCCGAAAAACAGUCUGAAAGUGAAAUUCAUCAUUAGAGCCUUAUCUUAAGCUUUACUUUUCAUUUACAAGUUCGGAUUUUUCUCAUCUUUUGCUAUGAAAAAGAUCGGUGGGUUUUCUCGGAAUCUGAAUUCAUCUAAGAACUAGCAGAAGAACGGAAACAGCUAAGAAAAGAGAGAUACUGUAGAAGAUGGUUGCCUUUGGGAAAAAGCUCAAGGAACGGAGCAUUCAAGAAUGGCAAGGUUAUUACAUCAAUUACAAAUUGAUGAAGAAGAAAGUGAAUCAAUAUGGUCGCCAGUUACAAGGAGGGAAUCUAGAGCGCCGCCAUGUUCUUAAAGAUUUCUCAAGGAUGCUUGAUAAUCAGAUAGAGAAAAUCGCUCUUUUCAUGUUGGAGCAACAAGGGUUGCUUGCAAGUAGGCUACUGAGACUAAGGGAGUCGCAUGAUGCUCUCCAAGAAGAGCCAGAGAUAUCUCAGAUAUCUAAUCUAAAAGAUGAGUAUAGAGCUGUUGGGCAAGAUCUUCUCAAGCUUCUGUAUUUCGUCGAGAUGAAUGCUAUUGGUAUCCGUAAGAUACUGAAGAAGUUCGAUAAACGGUUUGGUUAUAGAUUCACAAACUAUUAUGUCAAGACUCGCGCUAACCAUCCAUAUUCUGAACUUCAACAAGUCUUUAGACAUGUGGGUCUUGGAGCUGUUGUUGGAGCUGUAUCUCGCAACCUUCACGAGCUUCAAAACUAUCAAGGAAGCUACUUAUCUAUAUAUGAUCAGCCUGUUCUACGUCUUCAGGACCCUGUAGUAGACUCAAUCAGAGCAGCAGUGGAUAGGCUAACACAUUCAACAAACUUCCUAAACUUCAUGGCUCAGCACGCGUUUAUUAUGCAAGAAGUGUUACCAAGCCCACAAGACGAGGAAGAAACUGGUGAAGAAGAUGGGAGAUAUCACUUCAUGUCUCUCUUGUUGAAUCUGGUCAACACGUUUCUCUAUAUGGUCAAUACAUACAUCAUUGUCCCUACAGCAGAUGACUAUUCCAUGAGCCUCGGAGCAGCAGCUACGGUCUGUGGUGUAGUGAUUGGUGCCAUGGCCGUGGCUCAGCUAUUCUCUUCGGUUUACUUCAGUGCAUGGUCCAAUAAAUCCUACUUCAAACCGCUCGUGUUCAGUAGCAUUGUCCUCUUCAUUGGGAACUUGUUAUAUGCAUUAGCUUUUGACUUCAAUUCAAUAGCUGUUCUCUUGAUUGGCCGGCUUUUCUGUGGAUUUGGAUCGGCGAGAGCAGUGAACCGGAGAUAUAUAAGUGACUGUGUACCGUUAAAGAUCAGGAUGCAGGCUUCAGCUGGUUUUGUUAGUGCAAGUUCUUUGGGAAUGGCGUGUGGUCCUGCACUUGCUGGUCUAUUGCAAACAAGAUUCAAGAUCUAUAAGCUUACGUUUAACCAAGAUACAUUGCCUGGUUGGGUUAUGGCCGUUGCUUGGCUUAUGUACUUGGUCUGGUUAGCUAUUUCGUUUCGUGAGCCUGCUCUUCAGCCUGAGGAGAUUCAUAAUACUUCAAAGGAUUCUAAUAACUCUGAAGCUGGUCAAGAUGUGAAUCUGGAGAAAGGCAUCAAAGAGCCAUUGCUGAUUGCAUCGGAGGAGAUAGAAGAACAGGUUGAAGAUGCAGAAGGGAGCGAAGAUGCUUCUGAGGAUUCUCGUACACCUGCAAACUCCAUUGUAGCUGCUUAUAGAUUACUCACACCUUCAGUUAAGGUUCAACUAUUGAUAUACUUCAUGCUUAAGUAUGCAAUGGAGAUUCUUCUCUCUGAAUCCAGCGUCAUCACAACUUACUACUUCGGUUGGUCCACGAGCUCGGUUGCGAUCUUCUUGGCUUGUCUCGGUCUCACUGUUCUUCCAGUAAACAUCGUCAUUGGAAGCUAUAUAAGCAACAUGUUCGAAGACCGGCAAAUUCUGUUGGUGUCAGAGAUUAUGGUUUGUGUCGGAAUACUUCUCAGCUUCCAUGUCAUUGUUCCGUACACUGUGCCACAAUACGUUUGCUCGGGACUCAUCAUGUUUGUUUCUGCAGAAGUUCUUGAAGGUGUUAAUCUAUCUUUGCUCUCGAGGGUUAUGUCGUCGAGGCUAUCGAGAGGGACUUAUAACGGAGGUUUGCUUUCGACGGAAGCGGGAACGAUCGCACGUGUGAUUGCUGACGUGACGAUUACUGUAGCCGGUUACUUUGGACGGAAUAUGCUUUUGAAUGUUACUCUGCUUCCUUCUCUGGUCAUUUGUGUUCUCUCUAUCGUAGCUACUUGUUUUACUUAUAACUCCCUGUAUUAGUACUCUUAUUACAGAUUUUACUCCGUAUAAACCAAAUUGUUACAAUUA